AUGCAGGCCACGGGUUGUCCCGUCACCGUUCAGCCACAGAUCCAUUUUGCAUCCUGGCGCUCCGGAGCCAGGCACAUGCCUCUUUUGGGUAUGAUUGACUUGAAGGCCUGGUGUCGCUUCCGGGAUCGUACUCCAGCCAAGCUUGCCAUUGAUCAGGAUGCUUUGUGCCGGGCCUGUCGCCCUGGCCCUGAGCUUGAGAUACUUCGUCAGGCCUUUGCUGCCAAGCAACACCUUUUUACAGCUGAUUUGCUACCCUCCCAAGCGGAGGCUGAGCUCCGCAACAUCUGUGUCAAGGCAUUUCCUUUGCAGCGACAUAAAACCAUUGCUCUGCAGUGGCAAAACCCGGAGGUUGGUCAGGAUUUGUCUCUCACUUGGCAACUGCGUCGCAGCCUUAAGCAGCAGGCCGCCUUUUGGCCGCAUCUGUCGUCUACGUUCAGAGCAUGGAGGUUGCAUGUACAGCUAAGCCGACGAGUCAAAGAACUGAAACGCAACAGCCGUCGUAGGCGACGCGAACAUUGGCAAGCACAGCUUUCGGAGGCGGAGCAGGCCAGCAAGGCUGGCAACCCGCUGAAAUUCUUUCAAGUUGUGCAGAGGCUGGCACCCAAGCGAGCACAUGCACGAGUUCAGAUCCGUGAUCCCAAAGGUCAGAUCCUCACUCCAGCCUUGGAAGACAAAGCCCUUGCAGAAUACUGGCAAGGUAUCUACUCCAGCACCAGUCUGCCCUAUCAGGCUGUUUGUCUUCGUGAGCCGCUACUUGUUACCCGGCAAGAGCUCCAUGAUGCUCUCCGAGGCCUCAAACAACGAAAGGCUGUUGCCAAAGAUUUGGCUCCGGCUGCAGUCUGGAAGGCCCUUGCCUCUCCUCUGUCUUGCUAUCUGAAUGCCGUGCUGAGCAAGAUCUGGCAGCCUGGUCCGCUUCACAUUCCCGCUGAUCUGCGCCCAAUUGCCCUCCAAUCGGCGGCGGCAAAGGCAGUCCUGACAGUCUUUAAGCAACGCUUGCAGCCCAGCUUCUUGGAGGCUAUGCGCACCCUCCCUCAGUAUGCCUACGUGAUGGGAAGAUCCACUCACGAGGCUAUCUCGCGGGUAGCUGCACAUUGCAAGGAAGUCCGUGACUUGCUCAGGUCUCAAAGCUUGACGGUUUUCGAUCGAUUUGAAGGUGCAUGUUACAACCCGUGUAUCGGUGGGGCCCAACUUGGGCUCGAUCUGUCGAAAGCUUUCGACCUCUUGCCUCGCAGGACCUUGCAGCUCUUGCUGCAAGACACAGACCUUUCUCUUGAAGAACAGCAGGUUCUACUUGAAUGGCAUCAGGCCGGCAAGUAUAGGAUCCAUAGCAAGGGCAACGAGCAUCCGGUCUUUGUUCGGCUCGAAUGUGGGGUUAGGCAGGGAUGCGUGUUGUCUCCUUUCUUGUGGGGGUUGUUCACGAAGCACAUUCAAAAUCGCCUUGAUGAGGCCAACGGCCCAGGAUGGACAGCCCGGCGUGGCACUUUCUUUGCGGAUGAUAUGCAUUUUAAAUGGGUUUUCCGCACGGAGGCUGAAUUGCAUAGCAUCCGUCUUGAGGUGAAGAGCAGCUUGAACGACGCACACGAACGUAUUUGGCUCAAGUAA